CUUCCGGGGCCGCCCCGCUGCUUCCGGUGGGGCCGCGUCGCGGUGUCCGAGAAGCUAGUUGCGUCGCAAUGGCAGCUACUUUGACCCUCUUGUUGGCCGGCCGUGGUCGGGCGGCCGUUGCGAGAUGUGGGUUCGUGACUCGGGGGUUGUUAGGCCCAGGUCCUACCGGUCGCGAGCCGGACCCCGAUUCUGACUGGGAGCCUGAGGAGCGAGAACUACAGGAGUUGGAAAGCACCCUGAAACGGCAGAAGAAAACAAUCCGACUGCAGAAAAUCCGGAGGCAAAUGGAACCGCCAGGUCCCCCUCCCAGAACCCUGACGCGGGAAGCCAUGGACCAGAUCCGGUAUUUACACAAGGAAUUUGCAGAUUCCUGGUCAGUUGCCAGGUUGGCUGAAGGCUUUGAUGUCAGCACUGAUGUUAUUCGGAGAGUUUUAAAAAGUAAAUUUGUACCCACCGUGAAGCAGAAACUGAAGCAGGAUGAAAAAGUCCUGAAAAGGGCUGGGCUUGCUCACUCGAUGCAACAGCUGCAGAGCUCUGAAGAUAGCAGAAAGUCCCUCGCUGCAGGCCAUGUUGUAAUGGGCUCUUUACUGAAAGCCUCAUCCAGAGGUCAGAGCCACAGCACAGCUCUGACAGUACUAGAGGCCAGCACUCAGAGUACAGAUGCCCAACAGAAACAGGAGGGAAGGAACAAAGGAAGCCAGAGCCUGGGGAAAAGGAGCUUUGUGCCCGACACUAUAGCCUUGGAUCGUCAGAGAAAGCCGAAGUCCUCCACCAGUGACUGUGCGGGCACCAGAAGCACUGACAGCAAUGGCUUUCUAAGUGACAAGAAGCUAGAAGAGUGCAAGGCAGAUGAGCUAGGUGACCAGAACUUCAGCAGCAAAGUAGUGCAGAGGGGGCGGGAGUUCUUUGACAGUAAUGGGAACUUCCUGUACAGAAUUUGAACCAGGGCAUGGCUUAUGGAAAUGCCAUGUGAAACAUGGCUGAGCAAACAGGGAGCUGCCAGGAUUGCUACCCUUUUUUGUUGUUGAGACAGAGUCUCACUAUGUAGCCCAGGCUGGCCUUGAACUCAGGGCAAUCCUGCUUCAGCCUCCUGAGUGCUGGGAUUACAGACCUCCAGCUAGGAUUUCUGCAUGUUUUAGUCAUCUUGACAUGGAAGGAUGUGAUGAACCUGGGAUGUGAGCUGCUUGGGUAGAGUGAAGCUGUGGUAGCACUGCCCCCAACCCUGAUCCCUGUGGCCCUUCAGUACUCCUCACCCUUUUGCUUGGGCUCUCUGUGUCAAACAGUCUUGUUGUAAUUGCUGAUUUGAGUUUCUGUAAUAUUUGCAGUAAUAUGUUUGGGAAGAAAUGAGUUUGCCUUCUAACCUCAUUUCCUUCUUGAUCACUGAACACUAAGAGUUCUGGAACUGAGUUAAUCAAUUGGUUGUUUUCCUUAUGUGCAAAAAUAAAGUAAAAAGU